ACUGUUCGAAAUAGCAAGCCCCGCUUGCUCAAGGCGUAGUAAACCAGUUAGUAUCUGUGGCCUGCAUAAGUUGAUUACAAUUGUUUGCCGCAAGCUACAAUCGUAGGUACGCUAACGAUGACAGAAGGAAUCCUCAUUAAAGUUACAGGCCAUAAUGCACCUUACGUCUACUAGGUAAAAAACCUUAUCGCUUUAAUGCGUUAAUUUCCCAUAACUUAAGCACUGCACGGUUUUCUAAACGGACGCAAUUAUUCAGUAUUUUUCUUAUCCCACAUCAGCGUUAUGCAUGAAUUGCACUCGAUCGAUAUAAUCAUAUGCGGAAAUUCUUUGUGCGCAGAUUCAUCGAGAUAGCAGUGCGUCUAGCCAACCAUUGCAUUAACCUCUUCAAGUUGAGCAAAUCUAUCAUCUUCAGAUACUUGAGAUCCGGUUUUUCAAUUCAAAGACUGCGUGAAGCAUCCACCGUGAAACAAUCCCGACAAACAUGACCAUCAUUAUAAAUUACGAACAAAGCUGGUGAAACGGCUACGCAAGACCCAACGGGCUGUAGCGAUAGCUCGGACGACACCAUUGUUUAGACUCCUAUCAAAUUGUCAACCCCCACUUUCAUACAUUUUAUAAAGUACAAUAUGAAGUGGCAGCUCGCUAUGUAUUGUGAUCCCAGGCAAUAUUUCUUGCGCGUUGUCGUGCUCUGUGAGUUACUGCCGCAGAACCGGACUUUACUAUGUGUGGUGUAUCCGGGGAAUUCCUUUUACGAAUUCUGCUGUUGAAUUUUGUGUACAUUGAGAACAAUUUUGUGACAUGUGAGGAACUUCCGAAUAAUGUUUUCAACGCAAACAUAAGAGAUUAUUAUGUGAAGGAGGAUGAUAACUUGACUAAUGUGAAAACCCUGCAGAAAGAAGAGGUAGGCAGAUAUGCCAGUUUUGCUCCGAUUCGCAACCCAAUACGAUUUAAGGAGAUUCCGGACAAUGCUCUCUCCAGUUCAAGUUAUAGCCGAGGGUUGCUGCAUCACGACCACGGAGGGCAUCAUGAAGGUUACGGAAUACACGAUGGCUACUACGAGGACGGCUCUCCCUACGGCCACGGCUACGCCUACAUCCACGACGACCACGACUACGACCACGAUGGACACGGACAUGGACAUGGACACGGUCACGAGCAUGGACACGAGCACGGACAUGGACACGGACACGAGCACGGACAUGGACACGGUGGGCAUGGACAUUACGGACACCAUCUGGGACACGGACAUUAUAAACACCACGACCAUCAUCAUCUGGCCACAAAAGCGUUGUUAUGGCCAAUAGCAGGCAUCGCCCUACUCGGCGCCGCUGCCGCCCUGGUCACCAACCCCGUCCUGCUUCAACUUGGUGUCGUCUCCGGGAAACGACGGAGACGCGACACCUUGGAGAUAUCAGGAGAAUCAGGAUCUGACGAAAACUGGCCACUUGAUCCGUACAGCGUCGAUAGAAAGAGCAAGAAAGGAUCGCUUGCUAAGAAAGUACCUGGUCAUGUUUCGAAAUCGGAAAAUAAUAGAUUUGUACCGAUACCUCUUAAGUUUAAUAAAGAGCAUUGA